AUUACCGUUAAAUCGGAAUAAUAAGCUUGCUGCCUUCCCUGAAUCGGCGGGGUAUCAACCGGAGCGACGAUGCAAGGAGUGUCAUCGGGCGUAGGCUAUGGUUUGAAAUACCAGGCUAGAUGCAUAUCUGAUGUUAAAGCAGACACGGAUCACACUAGCUUCCUCACUGGCACACUCAGUCUCAGGGAAGAAAACGAGGUUCAUUUGCUUCGGCUAUCUUCUGGUGGUACUGAACUCGUGUGCGAGGGUUUGUUUUCGCAUCCUAACGAGAUCUGGAACCUUGCUUCUUGCCCCUUCGAUCAACGGAUAUUUUCUACUGUCUUCUCUACUGGUGAAUCAUAUGGGGCAGCAAUUUGGCAGAUCCCAGAGUUAUAUGGCCAAUUGAAUUCUCCUCAGUUGGAAAGAAUUGCCUCCCUCGAUGGACAUGUUAGUAAGAUCAAUUGCAUUCUUUGGUGGCCAUCUGGAAAAUGUGAAAAGUUGGUUAGCAUGGAUGAGGAAAAUCUUUUCUUAUGGAGCUUAGAUUGUUCAAAAAAGGCUGCUCAGGUGCAAUCUAAGGAGUCAGCAGGUAUGCUGCACUAUUUAUCUGGUGGAGCAUGGGAUCCACAUGAUGUAAAUGCUGUUGCAGCAACUUGUGAAUCAUCAAUCCAGUUUUGGGAUCUACGUACAAUGAAGAAGGUAAACUCGAUUGAUCAUGCCCAUGUCCGCAAUAUUGACUACGACAUCAAGAAGAAGCAUAUACUCGUUACUGCAGAGGAUGAAUCUGGUAUACACAUUUGGGACCUUAGAAUGCCAAAGAUUCCUAUCGAAGAGCUACCUGGACAUACACAUUGGACAUGGGCUGUUAAGUGUAACCCUGAGUACGAGGGGCUGCUUUUGAGUUCUGGUACAGACUCAACUGUUGGCUUGUGGUUGACGGGCACAUCAAGUGGUGAUCAAUUAACAUCUGAAAGCUCGGUUGAAUCACCACGCCGACGAGUAAAUCCAUUACUAACUUCAUACAGCGACUAUGAAGACAGUGUGUAUGGCCUUGCUUGGAGUUCUCGUGAGCCUUGGAUUUUUGCAUCAUUGUCCUAUGACGGGAGGGUAGUUGUUGAAUCAGUCAAGUCCUUCCUAUCCAAAAAAUGAUCUUUACCAAAAUGUGGUUUGUCCCCGAGCUGGUUCUUUCUUUUAGCGAUUCAAGAGACAAUGACUGAAAAGAACUGAUGGAAAUCCAGAUCCUAAAUUCAGAUUUCGAGUAUCAUUUAAGAGAGAAGUCCCUAUAGCUCAAUAUACAUGAAGAUGUGUUAAAUGUACGUACCAUGUAUUUCCAGAUAUGCUUUGCUUUUCUGGGUGCACCCUAUUCUUUUCAUUCAUACCAGAAUGCAGGUAUCAUGAUUUGAUAAAACCACACACACUCUCUCCCUAUUCUUCUCGUUUAUACCUGAAGGUAAGUGCCCUUAGCUGAUUAAUUAAUUACAUAUAUUCGUACCCAUGUUAUUUUCUUUUUGUUCAUUGAGUUCAAACACUUAGCAAAUGUGAUUGCCAUCUGUCUGUGUUAAAUGUUGCCGGCUUUCUUCUUUCAGUAUAUCAAAUGAAGGGCCUGAAGGCAUGAAUUUCGUUGCUGGGA